AUGAAUCCUGACGCGACAAGCGGCCCAAUUGUUUUCCUCGGUGGCCUUCUAUUGCUUAUCACCAGUAUUCUUGAGUUUAUACUCGGAAACACAUUUCCCUGCGUCGUAUUUGGUACCAUUGGGGGCUUUUGGUUUGCUUUUGCAGCAACAAUGAUCCCUUCUUUCAAUGCCGCCGGUGAGCUUGCUUCCUCUACACGCGUAAUGAUAAAAGAGAGUUAUCCUAAUGUGUCAACAGCGCCUUAUUCCUCUACCGCCAAUGAUACAGCAGCGGGGCUAUCAAGUGCUGGUUUUUUAAAUACCUACGCAUUUCUCUUCGUUACCAUGGCGGUUCUGAUGUUAAUAUUCAUGAUAUGCGCGACACGAACCAAUAUUGUCUACACACUGAUUUUUCUCUCAUUGUUGAUUGUGUUCCUUCUUUUGACCUCAGCAUACUGGCUGUUGGGCGGAGGAAAUACUGCGACGGGCAACCGAUGUGUAAAGGGAGCCGGAGCUUCAUUGUUUGUUGCAAGUCUUCUUGGAUUUUAUCUUUUGAUUGUUCAGCUAUUCGAGGCACUUGAAUUUCCAUUCCAUUUGCCAGUUGGCGAUUUAGGGAUGCUUUGGACUCGAACCCCACAUAAGUAG